CUCCCCACCAUAACACCAAUUAACCAAACCUCACUGCUCCCCAGUUUGCCACUGCUUCCUCGCUCCCUCCAUUUCCUCCAAAAAUGGAACCCCAACACCAGCCCACCUCCUGCAAAACGGAAGACCACCACCACCACUACCUGCAAAACCCUAGCUCCUCAGGAUCCCCACGCACCACCACCCUUCCCACCCCAACCUGCUGCAAAUGCGGAGCCCCAACCCCUAUGGCCGCUCCUCCUCCCUCCUUCUCCGACAUCUCCCCUCCCCCGAACUACCGCCCAAUCCGAGCCCCGGCCAUCAACCUCCCCCCCAACCCUAAGCACUUCCUCGGCUUCGUCGCCGCCCUCUCCGAUUCCAUUCGCGCCAAAAAAAUCUCCGACCCAUGCCACGAAUCUACCACGAUCGCCACCAUCGUCUCCAUUCUCCAAACCCUAAUACAGUGGGUCGACGAAAUCCCACCCACCAAGCAAGCCGCCCGAUACGGCAACGUUUCGUUCCGCUCCUGGCACGAGCGCUUGUCCCAAACCAGCGACUCCCUCGUGCUCCAGUUCCUCCCGGAGCAUCUCCACGCUUCUACGAUCGAGAUAGUCCCUUAUUUCACAGAUAGCUUUGGAAACCCUAGCAGAAUCGACUACGGUACUGGACACGAGACCAACUUCGCUGCUUGGCUGUACUGUCUCGCGAGAAUGGGCGUGAUUAAAGAAGAAGAUUAUCCGGCCGUUGUGGCCCGGGUUUUAGUGAAGUAUUUGGACUUGAUGAGGAAGCUGCAGUUGGUGUAUUGCUUGGAGCCGGCGGGGUCUCACGGCGUUUGGGGUCUCGACGACUACCAUUUCUUGCCGUUCAUUUUCGGGUCGUCGCAGUUGAUUGGGCACAAGUACAUGAAACCCAAGUCGAUUCACAAUGAUGAUAUAGUGGAGAAUUUUUCCAAGGAGUAUUUGUAUAUUUCGGGCAUUGAGUUUAUUAAGAAGGUGAAGAAGGGUCCGUUUUCGGAGCAUUCGCCUUUGUUGGAUGAUAUCAGUGGGGUGCCUAAUUGGAACAAAGUGAAUAGUGGGUUGCUUAAGAUGUAUAAAGCUGAGGUCUUGGAGAAGGUACCCAUUAUGCAGCAUUUUCUCUUUGGCUGGCUAAUCAAGUGGGAGUAGAAUGUCGUGUGAGAUCUACUGGAGCAUCUGGUGUAGAAGAAGAAGUCAAUUUUGUGUCAGGUUAUAAGCCACUAUAAGAGUAACAGUUACUAGAUUGGAAAUGUAUACUCCUCUUUUGUAUCCAUUAACUUGUUUUUGCCUUUUGCUCCUGUAAUGAAUACUGAAUAUGCAGUCUUGUUGUUGUGUUACUGCAUUUUUCUUCUUUUGAUCUUAAUAUUUCACUCUGA